AUGGAUACAAGUCAAGAAGUUUAUAAAGACAUCGAUACUGAUGAAUCGUCACAUUCAGUAUUGAGUGUUAAAAAUGAAGCUUUAAUGCAGGAUGUCAAACAGUCUGUUGAUAUAGAAGAAGUUCAGGAUAUAACAGAUGGCAAUUCAUAUGACGAUAUUGAUUUUGACUUUUUACCUCGAGAAUAUAUUUCGAGAUAUACAAAACUUUCCGUGAAUUUUGACGUUAAUGUUUUUGAGCGAUCUGAAUCUGAGCCUAAACAAAGCACUAAUAAUGAUAGUGAUGAUUUGGUAAAUAUUGGGCUGAUCGAAAGUUAUGGGCGAAUUUUAGACGAAUGUUGUUGA